UUCAUAUCUUGAUGAAGAAACUUUAUUAUUUUUGCCUUUACAAACAACUUUUCAUGGAAGCCAAACCUGAUCGUAGACAAACAGCUCCAGAUUUGUUUUUGUUUCAAAACAGUUCUUUUUGUUCUAUAUUAUCUUUAACACUUCUUGUCAUCUUUUAAGUUUAACGCAAGUGUGUCUGUGAAGCAGACUUUGGCCUACAAAAUAGGAAGGCCACAUGAAGGAUAUUAUAUAAGCAAUGCUAUAAUUUUUGUGAGUUUUUACAUUGUGAGGAAUCUUAAUGUGGUAGCUAUAUGCCAGGAUUCAAAGCUAAAGUACCUCGAGUACCUCGGUAUCAGUGGGAUUUGUGCCAGUCAUGAUGUAUUUAUCAGUAGUUUUCACCAAAUAUACUAUAGAUUCGAAUUAGAUGUACUCACAAAGAACGGGUUCUUUGAAAAAUGGGUGUGACUUAAUGUUCUAUGAAGCUCAACCAGUUAACUUGGUUUAGUCACACUUACUUCACAUGAUGGCUUUGAGAAUAAAAUGGCAUGAAGUACUUGUACAGCACAUUAACAUCCACAGUUCAGCUUCCUGAAAAAGGUAACAUUCAUUUUUCUUAUGAAGCAAAUUUUAAACUUUCAAGGUAACCAUCAUAGCUUCAAAAUAUUUAUUUGACUGUUCUUUACAAGGACAUAGUUUUCUAACUGAUCACUGAUGUUUCAUACAAAGUAUUCACCACUCUGAUGGGUGGAAUAAAUGGUAAGAAACUUUAUCAGAGGCCCAGAGGGAAGAGGUGCAGUGUCAUAGUUAGGAGCCAGUCUGGAUCAAACCAAGAUCUUUUUGGUCCAAGAUCUUGUUCCCACGAUAGCCAACCAGAUAUGUAUCACAAGUGAUAUAUUAAUGCUGCGUUAACCUCCUGCUUCCUAGCAACUGGCAUUUGAGGGCAUACCUAAAUUCUGAUCUUUUAUAUCCAUAUUAGUCCCAACUAGAGUAGACCCAGUCAGUCAAUGUUGAAUGGUGAGGCAACAUGUAGAUCUAAUGGAUUCGCCUUGAGAUGUCUGCAUUAUUUACCUGAAAUUCUACCCUUUUCAGAAGAUCCUACCCUGUUCCAAUCUCUGAUAAGAUACCAACGAUCAUAUGACAAAUUCCAGCAAUUUAUCCACAAACAAGUCCCAUAUAUUAUAGGCUCACUGCAUGUUGAAUGAUGAUCAAACUUUUAAGUAAAUUAAUAAUAAUAAUAUAAUAACUUUAUUUUUAUAUCCCACCCCAUCUCCCCAAAGGGACUCGGGGCGGCUCACAUGGGGCCAAGCCCAACAACAUACAAUAAAAUACACAAUAUAAAAUACAACAAUAUAAAAUACAUAACAAUCACAAUAGUAUAAAAUACAACAAUAUAAAAUACAUAACACAGAUCAAUAGCACAGCUUCAACAGAGUAAAAACAUGGCUAUUAAAAGAGGCGAUAACAUGGCACUUCAGUCCAUAGUCUUGGUGGAGAGGUAAUUUCAAUCGUGCAGCGAAUUAGGAGAGCUAAUCAUGGCCAUCCGUGAUAAGGAACAAAAGACUGUGCUAUAGGAACAGGUUGGGACUCAAUCAACUGUUCACCUCAGUCAAAGGUAGCUUGAAAAAAACAAGUUUUUAAGGCUUUGUCAGUUCAGUUUGUUGUGGUUGGCGCUAGCAAUUUGAUUUUGGCUUCCCAAAAUAAUUGCUAGUACCAGGUGCAGUACUGUUGAAUAUUAGUUGUUACUCAUUCAUGAAUAAAAUUGCAGUUGAAUCCAGAGUAGCUAGAAGAAAUCCAACCGAACUCUGUUUCUUAAUCUCCCUUUUGUUCUGCAGCCUGAUUGAAAAUACUGACUUAACACAUUUAUAUGAAUGUACUGUUAUGCCAAGCAACUGUUUUCUGUUCUAAGUUAGAAUGAAACGCUUUCUUUAAAGCAAAAACAAAACCAAGGAACAGAUAUUGGUAAUAAGCACUUUUGGGUAUUAGAUUUGAGCAUCUUAAAACUCUUGGCCAGUGAAAGUAAUCCCAGUUUUAUCCUCUUCGUGUUUUAAUAAGAGGUUACACAGUAAUCAUCAAUAGCAUAACACAGUUUGUUGUGUGUUCAAUCCUUUUCAGAUAUAUGACUUAAGUAAAUCUUUUGAGCUGAUUACCUCAGUUCUCUUCCAGAGACACAUACUAUUUAGCUGAAACCAAAAGGUAACAUGGAAUCUGGUUUAUUCAACAAAAGGAUAUUAGAUUUAUAGACCUGUAUUUAAAAUCACAGCAGUAUUCCCCUUUUCACUGAAAAUCAUGAGCCCUACAUAUUUGUGGACAAUUUUUUGCUGUCCAGGAAGCAGUCUUCCCAGGGAACCCACCCAUGACUGUGCCAUCCCUUGCCAGUUUUUUUUCACUUUGAGAAGUGCAGCAGUUUAAAAAUCCUUAAUAUCAUUUUUAAACUUCCAUGUUUUAUUUCAAUGUGAAGUAGUUUUUCCAUGUGUCUCAUUUAGAAGUGGAGUCACACUCUUGGAAUUUGUGCUUUAAAGAGUUGAAAAUAGAAAAAGAAAUGUGACUGUAUUUAAAGUGAAAAGUAUGUUUUUAAAGGGGAGUUACACAUUUUUGCAGCACUUCAGCUAAAUUUCAGUGACGUCAGAGGCAAUGGCAAAGGCAACUUAAGUCCAGCCACCUAGAAGACAGUAAAAGAGCAUAGGAGAUUAUAUGGAUUGUGCCAGCUAUGUGUUCCCCUAUUGUUUGCCUUGAAGUCAUCUCUGAUUUAUGGUGACUCUAAGGCAAAUCUAUCACAAGGUUUUCUGGUGCUGAGAUGUGUGUGGUAUGCCCAAGACCACAAAGUGGGUUUCCAUUGCUGAGCCAGAAAUUGAAGCCUGGUCUUUGGAGGCAUAGUUCAACAAGAGUAGUUCCAUACUCUUGUUCUACCUACAACAGCUAAAAACUUAUGUGAGUAAUAAAUAGGGUUAAAAUGUAUAUAAUGAUUUCCAGUGUUCAACCAUGCAUGUUGUCCUUACAACAGCCCUAUAGGUUGACUCACUAUUAUUAUCCCUCUGCUCCCCAUUAUUUUUCUGGAAAGUGAAACUAAGACAAAGUGUGAAUUGCCCAUGGCAUCUUAAAAGAUUGAAAGCAACAGCAAAUUCAAAAUGAAAAAAAUCAUAGUACAGUAGCUUAACCACAGUGUCAUAAUCAGGAAUCAGUAGACUAAUAGGUUUGUUUGUAAGGCUACACUAACCUCACAAAGCAAACCUAUUUACUACUUCAGUAAUUUCUGUUGGCUUGUAAUAGAACUCCACAAAUACAGAGCCAAGGUUACCAACAGAAAUUAUUUUGGGAGUUGUCUACUUUUGAAGUACAACAAUAUAGAGAAAGUCCAAAUACCUGAAGAAGUUGAAGCGAAACAAGGGGAACAACUAAGGAGAACUUGUCAUGCUUGUGCUUAGAGUUGUGAUCUGCAUGAAGCACCUCUACACAGAAGCUGUUGUUUUGGAUCUGCAUAUAACAUUUUGACUCAUUCCUAAGCUAUGGCUAGAUACAAACUUAUGACCAAAAUACAGCUCCAUGAUUAUCACAGACACAUUUGUCUCUCUAAUGCCUUUCUUUAUGGCUGUUACUAAGAGACUACAAACUCAUUGUUUUGUUGGAACAUUAUAUCCCUUUAUUGGAAUAUUAUAAUUUGAUAUGAACUGUUUCUAUAGAUGCUUCUAAAGUACAAAAUUUACUUUUUGUUACACAGUUUAAAGACAUUUACUUCUAAGUAAACUCAAUUUAAGAACUGAAGGAAUUAUAAUUGAGUGACAUCUUUUUUGAGGAAUUAUAAAGAGUUGCAUAUGUACAUACAUUGCUGCUUUGUGUUGAUGUAGAUAUCUGUGCAUUACUCGUGAAGAGUAGCUCUGACAUUGUGCUCUGACAUUGUUGGCCUCCUGUUCUUGGAGGUUUGACACUUGGGGGGUGGGGGCUUUUUUUCAACUCAAGAGCAGCUGCUGGGAGAGUGAAUGCAAACCAGGGACUCACUGCCCCUGCAGUGGGGGAGCCACCAGCUGCCACUGUCCAAACCAGUGAGGCUCAUACUUGACUGAGUUGCCCAUUUCCAUGGCAAGGCCCUUCCAACACAUGACUAACUCUAAAUCUAACCCAAUAUGUAUAUAUAAUAAUUCUGUCAUCCUUUCUUCUAACCUAUGCCAUCCAAGCAGUCCAUUUCCAUCUGUGAACUUAUGGCAGCAUGUUUUUGUAGUAAAGAGGGUCUGUAUCAGCACAUGUGUUAGAAAACAAAACAUGUGUUUGAAAUGGCAUUAGUCUAGUUAAAUUGGACUACGCAGAAUGAUCUAUGCCCGCAAGCAAAAGAGGCUUAUUUAAAUGAAGAGGGAAAGAGGAUUUUUCACAGAUCGCUGCAGAAAAAUGAACUCCACGGAAGACCUUGAAUAUCUGCAGAUCCUAAUUCAGUACCAGAAUGGAUUUUUAAUAUCAAAGGUGAUGUUCACUGCCUGUGAGUUGGGAAUCUUUGAUCUCCUGAGAGAGUCAAAGGAGAUACUGUCGACAAAGACCAUUGCAGAGCGGCUAGGCAGCAGCAUUCGUGGAAUGGAAAGGCUUUUGGAUGCUUGUGUUGGAUUGAAGCUUCUGAGAGUAGACAUGAAACAGGAAGGAGCUUUUUAUGGAAACACUGAAAUAUCAAAUCUCUACCUCACCAAAUCAGGUCCAAAAUCCCAGUAUCAUAAUUUGAUGUACUACUCCAAAACCAUCUAUCUGUGCUGGCACUAUCUGACAGAUGCUAUAAGGGAAGGGAAAAACCAAUAUGAGAGAGCAUUUGGCAUUCCAUCAAAAGAUGUAUUUGAGGCUCUUUACAGGUCAGAGGAAGAAAUGAUAAAAUUCAUGUAUGGACUGAAUGCAACUUGGAGCAUAUGCGGCAGAGAUGUGCUAGCUGCAUUUAAUCUUUCUCCAUUCACUGUGAUUUAUGACCUCGGAGGAGGUGCUGGUGCUCUGGCCCAUGAAUGCAUUUCAUUGUAUCCAAACUGUUCAGUCACAAUUUUUGACCUCCCCAAAGUGGUGGAAACAGCAAAAAAGCAUUUUGUAUCUUCAGAGGAACAGCGGAUUACUUUUCAUGAAGGGGAUUUUUUCAAAGAUCCUAUUCCAGAAGCUGACCUGUAUAUCUUAGCAAGGAUCCUUCAUGACUGGGCAGAUGAGAAAUGUGUGCAGCUGCUUACAAAAGUGCAAAAAGUAUGCAAACCUGGUGGUGGAGUCCUGCUUGUUGAAACACUUCUGAAUGAGGACAAAAGCGGGCCAUUGGAAAGUCAACUCUAUUCUCUUAACAUGCUUGUUCAGACAGAAGGAAAAGAGAGGACUGCAGCAGAGUUCACCAAACUGCUCAUAGCAGCAGGUUUCCUGGAGACUGAAAUCAAGAGAACAGGAAAGCUGUAUGAUGCCAUUUUAGGCAGGAAAUAAUUUAGCCCCCGUUGCUUUAGAAUGCAAGUAAAGUGAGUAAUAACAGACUAUGGUUCCAGCGGGGAUCCCUCCUCCAUCUAAUUCACUAGAUUAGCAAUUAUCAUAUCAGUAGCAAUCUAACAGCUAUGAAAUAUUGCAGAAUGAAUUUGUUUAAUUAUAGUCUACCUUAGCAGAGUGCUGCUUGGCCCUUUUUUGUCUAGAUUUCUAGCUUAAAUUUCCCUUACAAUCCACAUAGUACAUAGUUGUAGGUAAUCAACCAAGCCAAUGGCUUAGGUCAGGCACACUGUGUUAUCAGGGAAUGCUAAGAAAAUACUGAUGGUGGAGAUAUCGGUCAUGGAACAAUGACAACAAUUCAAUGAUGAGAGAAAUACAAAUCUCACAAAGGCCUUUAGGCAUCAGGAAGCAUUCUUGCUUGGGUGAAGUGCUGCUUACAUAGGCCCAAGAAAGGGGUCUAAUACACAGUUAGAGCAGGCAUUUUGAUAUGUUGGGUUCUUUGAUACUAGAGGCAUGUCAAAGAGAAGCAAGUCAAUAUAAAAGCAUGAUGGAGUAUGGUAGUUCCGCCAUUAAAAAAACCCCAGUUCACUAAUAAAAUACUGUGAAAUGAGAUUUCAAGUGGCAAUGUAGUGAUGAUGAUGAUGAUAUAAAUAUAUAAAUCAAUUAACAUCCUGACUUAGUUUAAUUAGUAGAAAUGUUUAAUGCACAAGACUGAGUCCCAGUUGAUGUGCCUUUGUGUAAAGACUUUGAGAGAGCAACCAUAUCAGUCUGUUGUCGCAAAACCAAAAAACUAAUAAAGGUAUUUUUGUGGACUAGAA